AUGGCACAAGCCCCGGUCGCAUGGCUAGGUGUUACAUCGGCUGAACGCCCAGAUGAUGAGUUCCUGAAGCAAACCCCGACACUUAGUCUUAACAUGCCUUCGGCAACACCUGCGAUGCGGAAGAUACCGGCCCAGAAAUCUCCAAGCUUCAACAACGGUGAACGCAUGUUACAUCCGCCUAUCAGCCCAAAAGCCAUCUCGGCCUCGCUAUUCGAGAGGGUGUCACGCACACGAGCCCUCCUGGCGUCCGCAUCCGUGACAGAGAAAUGCUCUAUACACCCCGAAGAUAUAGAGUCGAUCGAGAACGAAAGGGAAUGA